AUGUCAAGAGCACUGCAACUAUCAACAAUGUCAAUUAAUAUAGAAUAUGCUGCAUUAGUAGUAACCAUUCUAGGAAUCUCAGCUGGUCCUGUAUUUGUUUUUUGGAUUAUGCCUGUGUGUUCUUCUGGCUUGGGCUAUCCAGCUUAUUCCCUAAUCCAAGCGCGAAUUAUGCGCAUCUUUCUGGAUUACAACUUGCGUGUUUGGGCUUUACGUGGCCAGAUCCUUUUAAUCGUAUCAUUUUGUCUAUGUACACCUGGUGUGUUACUCAAUGGAAUAAUAUAUGACAAAAACACAGAUACAGGGAUAUGGGUGAUUAGCUACAUUGCUUUAUCAUUUUUAUCUCGAACCAUUAUCAAAAUGUACGAAUCAACAAAUUCAGACAAUAUGCUUACCGAUGCGGUCAAACGGGGCAUUCAUCGAAAUCGCAAUCUUUUGACGGCUCUGAUUCUUUCGGUUGUUAUAUGCGAUUUAAUUGCUAUUUGUGCUAGUCUGUUGAUUGUCCCAGCCGGUGCACCUCAUGACGUCAGAGUAUUAUGGCAUUCAGCAGGUAGACAGAUUGGUGUCUCUAUGGCUCCUUUUCAUUGUAUAAGCGGCACAUUGUUGUUGGAAAAUAUGCGUGAUUUUAAAAAGAUUGCAGAGCAAUAUCGGCUGAACGCUAUUGAACGGAAAAGCAGGUUGACAUUGGGGGCUAGCACUUCAUCCAAGUCUUGGUCGUUUAAAACAUCUGGCAUUUCAUAUACAGUUCAUGCCCCGCCAAUUUCGAUGGUAUCCUACGUGUCUGAAAAUCCAACCAUCCAGGAGAUACCCGGCAUCAUCCACCAUUGA